AGAAUAGAUCAUUCACAAGGCAAACGUUGAACAUACCUACACGGGCACACAGUAAAAAACUAAACCCGAAAAUGAACAAUUUUUCUAUUUUCUACCGCACACGAACACAACAAAGCGAACAGCUAUGUUCGGAAUCGGUAAUCGAAGGCGCUGAAAUAGUCUUAAGGAAGUCCAUGUUCGGUCUGGUGUCCCAUGACGAAGAGGAAUCUGGUAACAAAGAAAUCUACUUGAUUGUUUUCGGAUGUGCGUGUAUAUAUGUUCUGCUAGAUAUAUGCCUUAAAUGGAUGGCCAAGCGGCAGAAGAAGUCAGGCCAAAUCAAGCACACAUCUAUAAUACACUUUGACGAAUACCAAGAUAUAGAAUUUUCGGAUUGUAGGCGUACGAUUUCGACUCAAACAUUCAUCUCGAUCAAGGGGAAGCAACUAUUCAUCUGUGAACCGCUGCCAAUGAACAACGAAGACAACGAAUUUGACGAUAACAUAUCCGAUGCUACCUCUAAAACCAAUCCUGGUAAUCUCGCCGAGAAUAUUGACACGACGAAAGCCGCAGUGACUUCAAUCAAAAACCCACUUCCGUCCAGAAUUCCAGUUUGUGUGCGACCACCGAAACCACGUGCUAGUCUCUAAGAAGCAUGACCUUAUCACUCAGUCGGAUAAAAUUAUGCAGUAUUUUCAUAGAUGCUUUGCUACGAUUUGGACAUGAUUUUCCAUGAUUUAUUCAAAAUUUAUUACGAGAUAUGCCCAGAUAUGGCAUAGAAGAUGUCUGUUUAAAUAAAUAUAAAAACGCAAAGAAGUUGAAAUCAA